GGAAAUGCUUGCAGGUUGCAGCUUUCGGAGAGCUUCGGUGCUCCCGGCAUUUACCCAUUCAGCUGUAAAUCCCAUGGAGAGCACUAACAAUCCGCUGAGCCGCAGACAGGACAGGGUACCUCCGACCAGGUACCCCCGAACCAUUCCGUCAUAUCACUCACUGUCCUGAUUCUUGUUCUCCAUAAUAGUGAUUCGGCAUACAAAAACUGCCCCGCGCCAGGAAUAGCUGCACAGCGGUGAUCCCAUACUAAACAAAACCUGCGAUAAUACGAGUACACUGCGAUAUUUCGACAUCGAAUCUUCUAUUUGCGUCUAGAUCCGCUCGAUCGAAAAAAAAAAAAAAAACAGAAAUAAACGCAUAGAGACGAGAGAGUCACCGGGUGGUUACUGCGCCACGCAACGACGAGCAGCAAAGCAUCACACACGCAACUCAUCGAGGCGAUAAGGAGAGAAAAAAAAAGGAAAGGGAACAUAAAACAGGAACCAUGUCUGCCAAGGUCCCGCGCAACUUCCGCCUGCUGGAGGAGCUCGAAAAGGGCGAAAAAGGUCUCGGAGCUGAAGCCUGCAGCUAUGGCUUGGAGGACGGAGAGGACUUGCUCAUGUCCAACUGGAACGGAACCAUCCUGGGACCUCCUCAUUCUGCCCACGAGAACCGCAUCUACAGCCUCAAAAUGCACUGCGGCGAGAAAUACCCCGACGAGCCCCCGUCCAUCCAAUUCGUCAGCCAGGUCAACCUCCCCUGCGUCAACCCCCAGAAUGGCGUCGUCGAUCCCAGGCAGCUGCCCUGCCUGGCCCAGUGGAAGCGCGAAAACACCAUGGAGAUGGUCUUGAUUGAGCUGCGAAGAUAUAUGGCCGCUCCCGCCAACAAGAAGAUCCCCCAGCCUCCCGAAGGUUCUACAUACUCAUAAUCACCAAAGGUAAUACCGGGGAGCAGAUAAGAUGAGGAGAAGAGGGGCGUUCGUAGAUGGGAAAGGAAACAGGGCAAGCAGACACACGUGGAACCUCUCUUUCAGCCAACAAUACAUGGUUCCACAAAGACCACACACCGUCACUCACGAAGAAUUACGUAGCACGUCUUCUUUUAAAGCGCAAAAUCUCAUCCACAAUUUUGUUCAAGAGUUUUGGAAGCACGAAAAUUCACAUUUCUCAUUCCAAUCGUCAACUUUCUUCCUCGAAUAGUUAAAAUUGUUGCACAUGAGCAGACCA